AUGACCGAUCUGAUUGGAAUGGAGCGCCUGGAGGGAUCGAAAAUAGCCCAGAUCGAUGAGCUGAAUCUCAAGCCUGACGCUGACGCUGAAAAUCCUGGAGUCGUCCCAUCAAAGAACCUCUCGCAUGCUCGGUCCAAUGACUCUGUCGACCCGGGUCCAGCGCCUGAUGGAGGCUUGAGAGCCUGGUCGAUCGCCUGUGCAGCACAUCUGAUCAUUUUCAACGCCUGGGGUUUCGUGAACAGCUACGGGUUAUUUCAGACCUACUAUGUCCAGGUGAUGAAGAUAGGCGGUGAGAGUUCGGUGGCGUGGAUUGGCACCACUCAAGUGUUCGUUUUAUUUGGCAUGGGCACCUGGACCGGGAGAGCUCUGGAUGCUGGCUUCUUCAGGAGCCAAUAUAUCGUGGGGAGCAUUAUUUCUGUCACCGGGCUGUUCCUGCUCAGCCUGUGCAAGAGCUUCUGGCAGAUCUUUCUCGCUCAGACACUCUGUGUUGGCUUCGGUUAUGGAUUGAGCUUUGUACCCACCUUGGCCCUGGUGAGCACCUACUUCGAUAAGAAGCGGUCCACGGCGCUGGCUGUGGCCGUGACUGGAUCAUGCACAGGGGGGCUUGUGUUCCCAGCUAUUGCGGAGACGAUGCUCCCCAGGGUCGGAUUUCCCUGGGCGAUGCGCACGAUAGCUUUUGUGCAGUUGGCCUGUGUCAUUGCAGCUGGUCUCGUCCUGAAGCCUCGUCUGCCGCCACGGAGGUCGGGUCCGAUUGUGGAAUGGUCGGCCUUCAAAGAGGCGCCGUACACGCUGUAUCUGAUCGGGUCUUUCCUGUACUUCUGGUCCGUUUACGUCGGUUGGUUUUUUAUUGGCACCUUUGCCAGGAACGCUUUGGGCGCCACUCAAGCCACCAGCAUCAACCUUCUGAUGGUCUUGAACGGCGUAGGCGUUGUUGGGCGAAUGCUACCGGCUUAUGUUGCCCAAAGAUGGGUCGGAGGACUCAACUUGAUGAUACCGCUGGCUAUCGUGGCCAGCAUCAUCCUUUACUGUUGGAUCGCUGUCGACUCUAUGAGUGGGCUAUGGGUCUUUGCCGUCACAUAUGGAAUCGUUGCUCAUGGACUUCAAUCGCUGUUCCCCAUUGUGCUUGCAAACUUGACAAAAGACCCCAGUAAGGCAGGCGUUCGAAGUGGCAUGGGAUUUACAAUUGUGGGCCUCGCAGUUCUGACUGGAUCUCCCAUCGCGGGAGCCCUGAUUGAAACUAAUGGUGGCAGGUUCAUUGGGUUGCAGCUGUUCUCUGCGACGACCAUGGUAGCAGCUGCUGCAGUGCUGCUGCUGGUUAGAUGGGUCGCGGUUGGAUGGACACGAGAAAAGCUGUGA